AUGUGAGGGGUGGUGAUAUGAUGGUGUUUUCCUCCUGCGUGCAUCAGUGAGGGAGAGGGGAGUGUGAUGGUGGUGUUUUCCUCCUGCAUGCAUUAGUAAGAUGUGAAGAUGGCGGAGCUGCAGAUGCUGCUGGAAGAGGAGAUUCCUGCUGGUCGAGGGGCUCUGCUGGACAGCUACGCCAACCUAGAGAGAGUCGCCGAGUACUGCGAGAGCAACUACAUACAGUCUCCAGAUAAGCACAGAGCUCUAGAAGAAACCAAAAGCUACACUACUCAGUCUUUGGCCAGCGUAGCGUAUCUGAUCAACACUCUCGCCAACAAUGUGCUCCAGAUGCUGGAUAUACAGGCAUCUCAGCUACGCCGCAUGGAGUCGUCCAUCAACCACAUCUCACAGACGGUGGACAUCCAUAAAGAGAAGGUGGCCAGGCGAGAGAUUGGCAUCCUCACCACCAAUAAGAACACUUCCCGCACGCACAAGAUCAUUGCACCAGCCAAUCCUGAGAGGCCUGUACGCUACAUCCGCAAGCCCAUUGACUACAGUCAGCUGGAUGACUUAGGCCAUGGCGUAAAGGUCAAUGCCCAGAAUAUGAAAGCAGGUACAACUCCACGCACAGCUGCCCCAACCCAGAAACCACCCAGCCCUCCCGGCCCGGGCAAAGGAACCCUGAGGCGCCACUCCCCUUACCGGACGCUCGAACCUGUGCGUCCACCUGUCAUCCCUAACGACUAUGUGCAGAGUCCAACACGAAACACCGCACCACCCCUGCAGAGCCCGGCUAGAACUGCAUCCCUUAAUCAGAGGACCCGCACACACAGCAGUGGCAGCAGCGGUGGCAGUCAUCCCAGCAGUCGCAGUAGCAGUAGAGAGAACAGUGGGAGUGGAAGCGUGGGCGUGCCCAUCGCUGUGCCAACCCCUGCCCCGCCCACAGCCUUUCCCGGUACAACACCUGCCCUUCCCAAUCCUCCCAAACCCCCUCCGAGUGUUACUAUCCCCGCCCCUCCUGUACCUCCGCCACCUCCCACUCCUGAGCCAGCGCCCCCUGCCCCUGCUCUGCCAGCAGAGGGCCCUCCUGAAUUACCACCACCCCCACAGCUUCCCCCCAACCUUCCCGUUAACACCAACACAAACCCUGCUGCUGCAACUAUCACCCCCGCUCAAGGCAAUGGUCCUCACUUUUACAGUAUGAACCGGCCAAUGACACGGCACCCCACGCCCUCAGUGGGAGGGUCUCUGCCCUACCGCCGGCCGUCAUCAGUUACUGGACAACCCAACAACAUGCCUCAAAACACAAAUCCAAACAUGAUCCAAAACCAGCUUAAUGGAGGGCCACACUACAACCAAAACCAAGCCCCUAUGGCCCCUCCGCCCCCCUCUAUUCUCCAGAUCACCCCCCAGCUACCGCUCAUGGGGUUUGUGGCUCGGGUUCAGGAGACCAUCUCAGACGCUCCUCCACCGCCGCCUCCUGCAGAAGAGGUGGAGUUUGAGGAAGCAACCCCACCUCCACCUCCUCCAGAGGACUAUGAGGAUGAGGAGGGUGGUGAUGAGGAAGAGUCAGCGGUGGUGGAGUACAGUGACCCCUACGCUGAAGAAGACCCGCCAUGGGCCCCUCGCAGUUACCUGGAGAAAGUGGUGGCUAUUUACGACUACACGCGCGACAAAGAAGAUGAGCUAUCCUUCCAGGAGGGGGCGAUCAUUUACGUCAUCAAGAAGAACGAUGAUGGCUGGUUCGAGGGCGUGAUGAGCGGGACCACGGGCCUCUUCCCCGGAAACUACGUUGAGUCCAUCAUGCAUUACGCAGACUGAGCCACCGGGUGGCGCCACUGCUCCUCUGUCCAUCAUCUUCCUCAUUCUUUUGAGUGCGCACAUACACACACAAACACAAAUGAAUUCAGCUACACUACAUCAUCCACACGCUUGUUGCAGACAAACAGACUGAGAGCUGCAGGAAAAACUGCAGCGGUGAAGAUUUUAACGGAAAAAAAACUAUUGUAUAAGAUAAAUACAUUAGGAACAUUUAUUCAUCUCUUAAUUUCAAUCUCUUAGAAACAUGUAUCAGAAAAGUGUUGGUUUGCUUGACUUGUGUUGAUAGUGAUCGCUUUGCUUUCGCUCCUAUCCGUCUCUACUCUGGAGGAAUGGGUCUGACUAGCAGGACAGGUGCACUUUCUCGUGGAAGACGGCCAUCUUGGAUGUGCAUGUUCCUUUUACAUCACCUCUUAACCGUGUGCUGUCCACUGACCAGCAACUGACAGAAAAGCUUUUGCCAAGAAUGCCAGAACGGGGAAUUUAUGCAUAUUGUUGUGCCAGGUAAUAAGAGAGAAGCAUGGAUUUCUUUAGUUGAAUUUCUUUUAAACCGUUACAUUUCGAGUGCAGUUCAGUUUGAUAUCUUUAGCAGGAGGAUAUACCAAAGGAUUUCAGUGGCGUUUGGGACCGACUACAACCUUAACAUACUUCUUUUUCACCAUUCCUUUAUAAGAUUUUAUUGCUUGAAAUAUUUGCAAGUACGUGUAUUCUUUGUAUGUAUGAUAAAAAGUAAAAAAAAAAAACACUAUUAAAUAUGUUCAGGAAGUUUGUGCCAUAAAGAAAUGUCCGUUGAUGGUCAUAUUUUUGGACAUUAGAGGUUGUUUCUUGAAUCUCAGCACCGGAUGUGGUGUUCUUCAGGACGAACAUGUGUAUUGUGAUCUUUAACCUCCGAUUCAUCCCUUUGACCAACUGUGGACUUUAAAGAUACAAGACUAUUCUAUAUGUAUGUUAUAUAUUGAUUUAUAUGAUAGAAAUACUAUUGUGUUGAUGUAUGACUGGUGUAGAGACGAGAACCCCAUUUAUCUGCAAUAACAAAGGCACAGUUAGAAAGUCCUCAGUCAACGAGCUAUAGAUUUUUAAAGCACAAGAGAUAAACCUGAUCUUAGGGAGACCUUAUAAAAUGUGAAGUACUGAUUUUUGAAUGAAGAGAUGUUAAAAAACAGAAACCAGCCCAAGUUUUAAAGUAUCCUCAUACCCACAUGCAGAUAAUGUGGAACAAACUGUACUAAUGCACAGAGACUUUUUUUUAUCAAAUACUUUGAUGUCUAUAUGUAAGUGUGUGAGUGUGUGAAAGCGAUUGAUUUGACUGGAUCAUUGGUGAAUGACUUGUCUGUGUGCAAAUCUUUAUUUUCAAUGAACGGUCUGUGGUGAGGGUGCGUGAAUUGAGUCUUGCAUGUUGAACAUUUCUGUGAUUUUCCUGCUGAUGGAGAAUAAACUGGAUAUUUCUGGUC